AUGUUUAUCAACGCAAAGGUUCUUGCCAUCCUGGCUCUCGGUGCGGUCACUGCUACUGCAGGAUUCGUUGCCGAGAAAAUUGACAUCGAAGAACACGGUGCCAUCAAGGCCCGUAAUGACCCUGUUGUCGUCACAGUCACGGCCACUGUCACUGAGUGCCUCGUUCCGUCUGCUUCCUUGCCGUCGGUCUCCAGUGAGGUCAAGUCUACUGUUGUGACCAAGAUGACCACAAACAGCGAGGCAGUUACUGGGACCGAAAGUGUUCCUGCACCAACCUCCAGCAGCAAAUUGUCUUCCGAGACUACUAGCAUGAAGUCGGCUACUAGUGUUGUUAGCAAAGCAACAGAGUCUCAGGGCACUCCGACUACCACUCGCAAUUCCCCAGUUCCUACUAACGAUGCUGGGCGUAACUCUUUCGGGGUUGGAGGUGUCUUUGGUGCAAUUGCCAUCGCAAUUAUCAACAUUUUUUAG